AUGAUUGAUGAAUUCAAUUCAGUAAUAAGUGAUACUAAUGAAGCAAUUAAUAACGUUGAUUUUCAUUUAAAUAAUAGCAUCAACUAUUUAAAAGAAUUUAUUAUUGAGCGGGAAAAAAUAAUUAAACUAAUUGGAGAGCGUAAAGAAGAAUUAAAAAGGCAUAUGAGUCAAAGAUUUACUGCUAAUACUUUAGGACAUACUGCUAUACUAAGCGGUAAAGCUUUGGCAAUCUCAGGAAUAUGGUUUCCUCUUGUUUUGGUGCCAGGUUUUGUUAUAUCGGCUGGUGGUUGGAUGAGCGUUGCUAUUUCCGAUUUGGCUGCAAUUCAAUGCCUUGCUAAUGACAAAGAAAAAAGCCAAGUGUUAGAAAAUUCGCAGAUAAAGUUAAAAGAAGUUGUUGGAAAAUUCAAAGAAAUUUAUUCCCGCUUCGAAGAUUCAGAAUAUAGAGAACAGAAUAUUGAUAGUAAAAAAAUUGGAGCAAUCAAAAAUGUGAUGAAAAAAAUUUUGGGAGAAGAAAUUGAUGCUAAUAUGAGUUUAGAAGCUGAUGAAAAAACUGAACAUUCUACUGGUCUAAAGGCAUUAAGAGCUGCUGUAGAAGCCUUUUGCAAACUUGUGCCGUCUCCUUUAUCAUUUUAUUGUGUUUAUCGAGAUCAUAAGGAGGUUGAAGGCCGUACUUCCUUGGAAGAUAUGGAAAAGGCAAUUAAAAAUUGGGAGGAAAAUUUGACAGUUUUAAAAGAAAAAGAACAGCUACUAAAUAUAGAAUAUGAAAAAAUUAGUUGGUGUAAAGAG